AAAAGCUGUGAGCAGCUCCUGGGGCCAGAAGCUUCAAAAGCAGCAGAGUUUUGUUCUUUGGGGGUUUGUAAUAAGAGACACUCCUUCACAAAGGUUCACAUCAUCAUAUAGGAGAGUGCUAUAUAUACUGGGAGAACAAUAGACUGUAUUCUUCUUUUUUUUUUUCUUUUCUUGGUAUUAUCCAGAGAUCUGUUCUCUACUGUCCUGACUUAAAGCAGAGCACCUCUGUGGCCCAUCUUUCUCCUUUUGGCCCCCAAAAUGACAGUAAUCACUGCAAUCAGCUGUGCUUUCCUAUUUUCCAUUCUCUGUGAAACAAGUGCAUUAGUGUUACCCAACUCCACUGACCUACUCCUGUCAGACAAUAAUUUCACUGACAUUGAGACAGCUUUGGCAGCUCAUCUGGACUCUGCAAAAAUUCCCAAAGCCAGGCGGAAGCGCUACAUUUCACAGAAUGACAUGAUUGCUAUUCUUGAUUAUCAUAAUCAAGUCAGAGGCAAAGUCUUCCCACCUGCUUCCAACAUGGAAUAUAUGGUUUGGGAUGAAACUCUUGCCAAAUCUGCAGAGGCUUGGGCUGCAACAUGCAUUUGGGACCACGGACCUUCAUACUUACUGAGAUUCUUGGGCCAGAACCUGUCUGUGAGAACUGGGAGGUAUCGAUCUAUUCUCCAGCUGGUAAAGCCGUGGUACGAUGAGGUGAAGGAUUAUGCUUUCCCUUAUCCUCAGGACUGCAACCCCAGGUGCCCCAUGCGAUGUUAUGGACCCAUGUGCACCCAUUACACACAGAUGGUUUGGGCCACUUCCAAUCGUAUAGGCUGCGCCAUCCACACAUGCCACAAUAUGAACGUCUGGGGAUCUGUUUGGCGACGAGCUGUUUACUUGGUAUGCAACUAUGCCCCAAAGGGGAAUUGGAUUGGAGAAGCGCCAUAUAAAGUAGGAGUCCCAUGUUCUGCUUGUCCUCCAAGCUAUGGAGGUUCUUGUACUGACAAUCUUUGUUUCCCAGGAGUAACAUCAAACUACUUAUACUGGUUCAAAUAAGUUAAGGUUUACAUUAUUUUUUUUUUUUAAAAAAGGAUGAGUAUCAAGAAGCUUGUAUAUUGAUGUUUGCACAUAUUAUAUAUAGAGAGAUAUUGUAAUAAUACUCUGAUGUCUUCUUUUUUGUAUGCUUUUGUAUAAUUAGCUUUCAAAGUAUAGUAUAAUUUGGUUUUAACACUUUAAAAUUUAAAUUUCACAUUAACCCUUUUAGAUUAACAUUUUAUUAACAGAGAACAAAUGAAUUUUCACCUUAGCAAGUGUAGCUUCCUGAAGAUUAGGUUCUGUUAAAAGCACGUUAAAACAUAGAAUAUGGCUUCCUUUUAAAAAUUAUAGCUCCAGAAAGAGAAGGGUCAUUGUUUAAUACUGUGCUUUAAAAAUGGAGUGUGCUGUGUAAAGCAACAAAUUGUCCUCACGCUCCCAGUGGUUCUUCCCGUUGACACCCAUGCUUUCACCUGCAACCUCAGUGGGACUCCCAGAAGAGGAAAACGUAUGUGCAAGAGAAACUGCAGGAUCUUACCUACCUCAUGCACAACAUCCAUUGGUUUCUGGCAUUCCCAGCGUCCAGCACACGGCUGCUGCUAUCAUCGAUGACGCCGGUGUGCAGACAGGAAAAUUGGAGAGAGCGAGGAACCACCCUGGCCAAGACGCGGUGGCUGUGAACUCAUGUGCCUGCAAUCUUCACUGGAUAGGAAGCUACAUCACUUCAAAUAUUCUGAUGUAACAACUCAACCUAACUCUACUUUUCCAUGUUUCUGAACACGGUCAUAACGGUAUGAUGGUGCUUUGCAGCAGUAUAUUUAUUCUUGUACAGGGAGGUAAAGAAAUACAUUGCUACAAAGCACCCUAUGUCAAUACAUGACAUCCAUACUGUCUUCUACACUAUAUGUUUGCCAGUAUAGGUGCUAUCCCCCUGGCUGAAGUUCAGCCAGGUGAAACUUUUGAGGAAAGAGCAGACGUAAAAGUAGCUAAAAGGAUUUCCAAAUAAAAGGCACCAGGCAACCUUAAAACUUCACACAGAUUUGUGAACAAAGAUUCGAAUUUUCUAAAGCAGUUGUCAGUGUCCUUUCAAAUAGAUUCCUGAAAAUAGCUGUAUGAAUUGAUAAAACCCAAAUCUACUUAGUCAUAGCUUUCCCACCAAACCCUGAAUGCCUUAUGGGUGCUUACUAGAACAUUUAUAAAAAGGAUCUACACUUUAAGAUAGGAUGUGAUACAGUUAGUUUUCUUGAAAAAAAACCAGAUCAAAACAAGGAGGAAAUCAAGUAUCUGCCACAACUACGAUGUCAUUGAAAUAGCCUCGAGUUUUGGCUUUGUUUUACAGGGCAGAAUGUACUCCACUUUAAAUAUACGUGUUUAGUCUGCUUGUACUGCCACAUUUAGACCUCUGAAAUUUAUGAACUUUGAAAAGUGAUACUGAGCAGAGCAAGCAGAACAGCAGAGGGUAAUUUCACUAGUGCUAUGUGUGUGUGUGUCCUUCAGUCACUGCUCAUUCAGUCCAUUUGAGGGUGGUGGAGACAGUCUGUCAAUGGAAUAUGAAGUAUCCUAUUGGUGAUAUCAGAAAAAAAGAUGGGAGUUUGAAUUCUUCAUGUUAGUUAUUCCUUUUCCUUAGGAAGACAGCUGUGUGGGGGGAAUGAGCUCUACAGCCUGUGAAGCGUAACAGUGUCUCUCCAUCUACCCAUAAUUUCAUCCCUCAGAGAAUGUCAGUGACUGGUCUGUGGCUUUUUUGACACUUCUGGUUAGUGACACUGCUGUAUCUGAGAGGACAAUAACCAGACAAGUGCAUAGUCUUAAAACGUGUCCAUGUUUUAAAAGAACAACACUUGUAAUGUUCUACUAACAUUUAUCCUAACAGUUACCAUGGAAAUGGUUUUCCCUCUGGGUUCAAAGGGACUUGGGCAGUGCUCAAUCAGUCUAGCGCUUGGGCUAAGUAAAAUCCAGUCCUGUUUUGGGAGCGAAGCACAACCUUUUUGAGUCUUCCAUCUACACAUUGAAAGAAUUCUGUGAGACAAUACCACCAGUUUUCUGGUGGGACAACUAGCCCUCAGCCAGCCCAGUUCUUGACGAAGAUGUGUGGGGCAAAUAAAUCUUUGUUCUGUGUAAGAUUUCUUCUCUAGAGGUAAAGACAGCCUAAAAAAGUGCAUCUAACCAUUUUCAUUAUUAUUAUUAUUUUAAAAAAAUACAAGAUAGGAAGCAGAGCAUAAGCAAAAGUUCAGGUUAAGCCAUGAAGCCUACAGCAGUAGGUCUGACAAUAAGUGACUAUGCACUUUGGAAUUUGCAACAAGUAUGUUGUAUGUUACACUUUCCAAACAGGAGUAGACAUUGUAAAUUAAUUUAUAAUUCUGUAAUUCAGCUGAAUUUAUUAUAACGGGUAUAUAUGUUAUCGUAUCUGUUACUUUUUAAGUUGCUACAAAUGCCUUGAUUCUGUGGAAUAUUUUGUUUUCUGUGGGUAUAGAAAACUUUGCUCUUAACAAACAGGUAUGCAGGUUUUUUCACAACAUCCCAUAAUGGUGCUAGGGAUUAAUUAUUUUAAUCACACUGUAAUUGACACCAGCAAAAAAUGAUCUGGGUAUAAGCUAUUUCAUACAAGCAGCUCCUGAUAAAACCAGCCACAAGCACUCAAGCAUUAGCUGAAUAUUUUUAAUUGACCAGAGAGGUUUACAGCUCAUUGGAUGUUUGGUUACCACAUGGAAUUUGUCCUUCCGCUUUAAAAAUAUAAAACUACUUAUUAAAAUAAGUAGUUUGCUGAAGGCCUUUCUGUAUUUAUUACCUAUUUGGAUCUUCCCAAUUCCUAUCAAAUUGUUGUCUCUUGGGUUGGGCAAUGGCAAUGCCAGUAAAGCUCUGCUUCUUCCAAGCAGAGUGUUGUGCCUUUAAAGACAGAGAAAUUAGAUCAGACUUUUGUUCUGGUCUAAAUAUAAAAUUAUGAAAGUAUACACAUGCUAAAACAAGGCUAAAAAUAUUUUCAGUCAAAAUACUGUGGGAGGCAUAGGAGUAAAAAUGAAGUAAUUGAUAUCAUUAAUUAUAGAGUGCCGCUGUUUAUAAUAUCUGCUUGUGAUUUUUUGCCUCAUUUAAAUAUCCAAGAUGAUGGGUAGCAAUUGAUACCUUCUGGUGCUAACCUAUAUCUUCUGGUGCUGAAGUUAUACAUUAUUUUUUGUAAGAGAUGAGGGUUACUUCCAAUAUUACCAUACACACUCCAGUGUUUGUAAGAUCUUUUUCAGCUAAGCAUGUCAUAUACAACCUAGGCCAGAUUCGCUUCCAAAAUUCUAAUUUUAUGGUUGUUUCAGGCUCUAAUGAGAGUUUUAUGUGCCUCAGAGAGGAAAAUGUAUUCCUGUUCAAAACCAAAACAAACAGCACCUUCCCCUCAUCACAACAGUGGAACGAAUUAUGGGGAGAGUAAGAUCUCUGGCAGCUGUGACUGGAGACUGAUGCUGAGCAGGUUUUAGUGAUCCCAAAUUCUCUCUCUGGGGUAAUAAAUGGAAUAAAUUCAGAAAACCUAAGAUUGACCUCGAGCACUUGUGCUUGGGAAGCCGCAUGUUCCUCUUCUCUGAGAUCAGUUUGUUCCCCUCUGAAUUGGAGAUGAGUUCGGUCAGGCCUCAGUGAGAACCAUGGGAGGUUUGACAUGACUUUUGCAGGACUGAGAAAGUUGGGAUUCUGUGAGAGCUUUAAGGACAGCAAAAUUAAACUUCAUAUGCUAUCCCCUACGAACUCUGGGAAAUACCAUGGGAUUCUGAAAGAGGAAACCUCCCAGAGCAAACGUGUUCUGUACCACAGAUGGGACCUAACAGAAAGAAACAUAUUGAUAUCCUUAUCUAUGUCUAUAGAUAGAGGGAUAGAUAGAUAGAUAGAUGGGUAAAUAGAUAUAUCUGUUUAUAUAUGAUUUUCAAUGAUCAUGUCGCAAGCGUGGAUGCCCUCUUGUGGUCGAGAAUGCCAAUGUAUUGGUUUGGUUUCUUAGGAAUCCAAAAAGUUUUAGGAUUUUUUUAGAACAAACAUAUGCAAAUUUAGUUCAUUUUCUGUCUUCUUUCUUGAGAAAUGAGGUCCAUUUCAUAACUCCUUGAAUUCGUAGUUUUACUUGAUUUGUAAGUACAGGACAAUCACAGUUCUAUUGGCUGUCGGUUACCUGUCAUAAAAGCUUUAUGAGUGUGAAGUACAAUAGAGAUAUUCAGAUGUCAGAGAAUUUUUUAGAGGUGUUAAAUCGGAUAUAUUUCUUUAAAAAGCACAAGUGAGAAGCCUCAUUACUCAGAUACUAAAUUCUAAUGAACCCUAAUAAAAUAAGAGAUUUAAAUGUCCAAAGUACUAUUGAAAUUUGCCCAUUAUUGCUAAGUUUUCAAGACAAAACUGUUGUGUUCCUCUUCUAGAAUGAAAUGAUCUCACAGAAUCCAAGCACACAGUGUGUUUAUGGUGCUCUUUAAAACUGUGCGAAAUAGAAAAAUCAUAUGCUCUGGUUGUCAGAUCAUAAUUGGUCUGAUGGUGUCAAAGUGCACAAACCUUCCUGUUUAGAUUCAUAGGAGGAACAUUAAACUUCUGUCAACAGUAAUCUGAAAUAACCACAGCUUUCUCAAACUGCUUUCUGUCAAUACAAAAUACAUUAAAAAUCAAGAAAAACAUAGCAAUGGCCCAUCUGGUUAAUUCAAGACAGGCAACAGCCCAACUGAUAAAUUCAAGAAAAGAAAAAAAAAAAUUUCUAUUGAUAAUUUCAAGACUUUCUUUCUGCUUAAGCUUCAUUUACUGAGUUCCGCUCAGAAUAUAGUUAUUUUCUGUUAGAGAAGAAUUUUUUGCUCAUGUGGCAAGGCAAUGCAUUUUAAAAUUCACACAAGUCCGUGGAACAGACAUAAACUUUUGAAUGUUGUCCCUGCUCUGCUGAGUUCCCCUGAGUGUGAAGUGUGAGAAAACCAGACUGAAAUGGUUGCAAUAUGAUUUCAUCUCCGUGUCUUCUGCCAAAAGACAAAAUUCAGCUCAGAAAAAGAUUUUGGCCCCCAUUUGGCGAACAGGUUGUUAACUCUUUAAGAAUCCCCCAUGCAGACAACCCAUAUAAAUUAUGCUAGGAGGCUUUUUGGCCAACAGAAGAGAGGGGAUAUCCCUCAGGUUAUAUGUUUAGUUCACAACAGCGACCAUUAUUCAAAUCACUGUGCUGUUCAUCGUGCUGCAAACUCGCUACAGCUUCAAUAGAUCAUCAUGUAAGUCCAGAAUUAUCCUAGAUGCAAUAUUUCAGGUAAAUAAACAUAAAGUGUGAAUGGUAAUAUUGGAAUCUAAUAACUCUGAGGAGCUAAAACCUCUUUGUUACAUGUAGGGUGCUCUAACAUAAUCGAAACGGUGCUUAACGGCAGGGUUCACUUAAGAAGCAAACCAUCUACAGUUGCUUUUUUCCAUAUACAAUAAGGAAACAGUUUUCUGAGGUCUGAAGGUUUUGAGGAUUAGAAAAUUAUGGUAUUUCUAUGCUUUUUGUCUGAACCCGAGCCAAAAAAACAUUCAUUCAGUGUUUAUUCAGUGAAAUGUCCUUUCACACCUCUCAUUAUGUAUUUUCAUCAUUUCUUGUUUAGAUUUUUUGGAUAAUUGUGUGGGCGGGGUUGUACCUGGUUUUUCGGAGAAGAAAGCUUCUUGUGUAACACGUCUUGCAGUGAACUUAUCAAUAUAACAUUUCUUUCAUAUUGUCAUAUGAUGCUAUAUACAUGUUAUACCUGAGGCAUAAAUUUGUAUCCCUGUUUCAACUUCUAAUGCUAUGAGGCUAUAGAGAAGUGUACAUCAUUUUGAUCUAUUUUGUAACAUCUAUGCAUUUAAAUAAAUUAGUAAA